AGCCACCUUGCCUGGAUGAUUUCAGAAACCCCUUUUGUUGCAGGAUCGAAUGUGACAGAAUCCAAUCAUGACUUCCUGGUUCAUGAGUUGAUGCUCACCACUGAACCACACCAGCUGGGCGAUGUUUACUUGCUUUUGAUUCAAGAAAAUUGCAUUGAACUGACAAAAAGUGCAUUACAGGUCCAGCGACAAAGCUGCCACCAUGCGGCAGAAGGUGGUAUCGCUCUUGUUGUGCUACCUGCUGCUCUACGCCUGCGGGCCGGUGGAGGCAGGCAAAAGGAAAGACUCGAAAGACAGCGACUCCGGAAUCUGGGGCGCGCUGCCCUACAUGGCGAUUGGAGCAGGAGUCCUGGCCUUCGGGCUGCCCGCUCUGGGCUUCACGGGCACCGGUAUCGCUGCCCACUCGGUGGCCUCCUGGCUGAUGAGCUGUUCCGCCAUAGCGAACGGGGGCGGCGUGCCCGCUGGAGGGCUGGUGGCCACGCUGCAGAGUUUGGGGGCUACUGGUGGUGGCAGUGCCCUCAUGGCCAACGUUGGUGCCGCUGUAGGCUAUGCUGUCCACAAGCAGAUAGACAACAAGGGGGCAGAGGAGGAGGAGGAGGAGUGAGCAGCUUCCAGGACACCCAUCCCCCACCCUACUUCUUCCAGGUGAAGCCCAGAGCGCUCUCUGUGACACUCGUCAGCGACCAGGUGAAAAAGAGAAUAAACUUCGCUCAGAAAACACUUGGUCUUGUGAGUCAUUCUUCCUAGGAGAAGCCCUACAAG